AUGUCGUCGUCUUCGUCUCGUAGCUUCCGGUUGAAGCUCCUCUUGGCCAGUGAGACCUUCGUCUCAACGAGCCAACUCGGGCAGAGCCGGCUUUCCAAGCUCUGGGUAACUGAGGCUGACGCUGACGACUUGCACCGCCCGGGCCGUUCCACACAGUCGACACAGCCUUCUUGAUUUUGGAGCUUGGUGUCGGAACCGCAGUUGGCAGCCUCGCCCUUGUUGCGGACAGCUUUCAUAUGUAUGUCGUGAUCAAGUUGCAGCGAUUCUGAGUGCAAGCUCGCCGCUCCGUUAACGGUAGACUCCCUUGGCUGUGCGAUGUGCCUUUGCUGGACCUGUCGCGCUAUAGGGUCAGUCAUCCAUUGCCAAUCUCAAAACAAGGAACAGUCACCAAUGCUGAAGGCAUUGCGCCUAGCUUAGCUCAAUGAUGUGUGCAGUCUACUCGUCGCCAUGCAAGCCAUGAAGCUAGCCGAGAGCUCAUCGGCCUCGCCAAAAUAUAGUUAUGGAUGGCAGCGUGCCGAGGUACUGGGUGCUCUAAUCAACAGUGUUUUCCUUUUGGCUCUGUGCUUUUCGAUCGGAAUGGAGGCAAUCGCACGAUUCCUCAACCAAGCAGGUCCGUUUGAGCUCCGCUGGCCGGCGAGUCCCAAGGCUGCACUGACACGGCGCAAUAACGCUGCUGCAGAUGUCACCAAUCCCCAAUUGAUCGUUGCUGUUGGAACUGCGGGCCUUGUAUCAAAUAUAGUCGGCCUCUUCUUAUUUCAUGGUACGGACUUUGCCUUCGACCUCGAGGCUUGGUCCUGCAGCUUACCUGAUGUUCACAUUUUGUCUUCGACGGAGGACAGACCACGGCGGCCACUCCCACGGCGGAGGCGGUGGAGGUCACUCACAUGGUGGCGGCCAUAACCAUGCACCACUAACUCGAGACGUAGAGUCGGACAGACCGCCUCCACAAGAUCACCAAUCGGGCCGCCCGUCAGACAGAACCCCUUUGCUCGCGAUUGCCCCAUCCGCGUCUCGCUCCCACUUGGCUUCUACGAGUCCAUCCACGCUUCCCGAGAAUGAAGAAGAUAUUGAGGAAGGUGAAGACAUCCGUGCCGAAGACGAGCUUUUCGUGCACCCUGGCGAGCUCCGUGGCAACAUCGUGAAGGCGGCGCACGAGGCUGGCUAUGGAGCAACGGCUUCUACGAGCAAUGGGGUUGCUACAAAAUCCACAGCUCAUGCCAGGCGCGAUUCGCAAUCGGAGGGACCUGGUCACGACCACGGCCACGGGCAAUCCCAUGACGCUGACGUUGCCGCGUCUGGUCAGGAUGGAUCCAUGAACAUGCGCGGCGUCUUUCUGCAUGUACUAGGUGAUGCUGUGAGCCUGACCCCUACGGUCCGGAGUCAAAAACGGAUACUGAUUAUACUUUGGUCUGGGAUCGUUCUAAAACACAUACUUUGCUUUCUUCCGUUGUUGGGCUGUGUCGUAACAGCUCGGCAACGUUGGUGUCAUCGGGGCGGGCCUCUUCAUCUGGUUGACCGACUACGAAUGGCGCAUGUAUAGCGAUCCACUCAUUUCGCUCGUCAUCACCUGCAUUAUAUUCUCGAGCGCUUUGCCUCUAGGUAAGGGACAGGCGUAUUGAAGGGAUGUGUCUUUGGAGUUAAGGCUCAAAUCUGGUGCGCCUUUCGACACAGCCAAAUCCGCGUCUUUCAUCCUCUUGCAAGGUGUUCCAUCCUCCAUCCCGCUUGAUCGAUUACGCACGGCGAUUGCGAAUGUACCGGGUGUGGCCAAUGUUCACGGUAUGUGGCUGUUGUGGCAAAAACAACUGUGCCAGCCUCACGCUAAUGGCUCGCCGUCUGCCGGAUUUCCGCAGAGCUGCACGUUUGGUCGUUGUCCGAAUCCAAGAGCGUAGCAUCGGUGCAUGUCAUGACCGCUAGUGAUGAUAUGAUCGAAGUCUCAAGCAAAAUUCGCCGCGUAAUGCAUCGUUUCGGGAUCCAUAGCUCGUGAGUUGGUUUCGAUGCCUCGGUGACCUGGCCUCGCCAUGUGUUGAGCUGUGUUGCGCCAGGCUAAUCACGGCGAACAUGGCAUGGUGCCACACAGAACCAUCCAGCCCGAGAUCAUUGAUGCAAAGCCCAAAUUGAUCAAUGUCGAUCCGGAGCUCGACUCGUGUGCGGUGCUCUGUGCAACCGAUUCGUGUCGGGAAAGCGCUUGCUGCCCGCCUUCCGAUGUCGCUUAG